AUUCUCGCACUAAUCCCCCCACCACUCUUAUCGCCCUACUCAUUUUUGUCUCUUACUCCAAAAUCUCAAACCCAACUACUUCCAUUAAUGAUACCAACAGCUUCAAUUUUCAUGAGCGCAUGAAUUCCCAUGAUUUAUUCAGUUGGAUAUUGAAAACGAGUUUUCGGGUUUCCGUAAAGAAAUUUCGGGAAAAUAUUUUCCCGCCAUUUUUCGAUGUUUGAAUCGGAUACGGCUCUUCGUUGAUUGUUGAGUAGCGGGAAGUGGUCAUUUAUCGGUCUUAUCUGUUGUUUCCCGAUGUUUGAAUCAGAAAUGGUUCUUAAGCGUCCGGACCGGCUUACACGCACCUCUGCGAGUAAUCUGGUCAAUUGUUGAGCAGAGGAAGUGGUAAUUUAUCGAACUAAUCGGUUGGUUCGAUCAACAUGGAUAGGCUUUCGCAGGGGGAAAACGUUCUACACGGUUACAGCCCCAAAACGCCAUUAGAAUCCACAGAUAUCGAUUUUCACGACGUGUUUGGGGGCCCACCGCAGCGGUCGUCGAUGCAGGAGAUGCGAUACAGUUUGAACUCCACGAAUCGUUCGUCUCAAGGAGAGGAGGAUCCGGCGUUGUCUCUGAGACCGCGGUCUGUUGGUCUGAAUGAGAUGCCGGUGUUUGGGGAAGAUACUUUGACCCGCCGGCGGUAUCCUAGCGACGACUUUUUCGAUGAUAUUUUUAGGGGAGAUGAGUCAGUGGGUUCAUCUAGAAGGUCUAAUCAGGAUCCUAUUGGCUCGACCCCCGGUUCGAGAGUCAUGAGCCCUGCACGUCCACUGCCGCCGAGAGCUGAGUAUUUUAGCCGUUCACUUUCUGCUCAAUUCCAAUUCAGCCUUCCUGCCAAGCUGACCAAAGCAAUAGACUUUCCAGUAUCUGCUUCAAGCAGUCGCAGUCCACAUAGAUACAAGGAUCCCACUUUAAAUGCUAUAAGCAGUCUAUACACUCCAAGCCCUCCACUAUCUAGACUUUCAAGUGAAGCUUCCCAGGAAGAGGAUGAUUUGAAAAAUGAGAUUCGCCAGUCUUAUCGCCCAAGCCCUUUGUCACAUGAAGUUUCUGUUAUGAGCAAGGAGUCAUUACAUGAGAAGAAAUCUGGUGAAUUGGAGUCAACAGACAUAGGAAGCAACUUGAAAAAAGAACUGAAAGUUGCAGAAGCUCCAAAUACGAAUGGUCAGUUCCACUUCUCUAUAUACAAAUGGGCAAGCAAAGGGGUACCGUUUUUUAUGCCUCUAAGGGGAGGCAACAGCACAAAAUCAAAAGAGAGGGUUGGGCGAUGCUCAAGCUCUAACGGAAGGAAUGAAGAUAGGAUUGAACCUUCGGCUGUUGUUGAGGAAGUAGUUCUUUCUAUGCCAGAAUCAAAAUCCAUCAACAAGAUUGCCAAUAUUGUCGGAAAUUUACCUGGUGAAACCAUCUUGAGUGAUAGAAGCGAAGAAAUAGAACGUUAUUCUCUUUCGGAGACAGGUUUACGUGGAAGUACAGAAAAAGGAAUUCCUAUGAGUAAGGAAGAAGCUAAGAAGCCUGAGUUGAAGCCUCUGCAUUCUAUGCUUUCUGACACUGUUCAGGAGAAAGGCAAUGAUGAGAUAAGUAGAAAGUGUGAAGGGAAAGAGCAACUGGAAAAGACCACUGUAUCUGAUUCAAAUGCUUCUGUGGGUAACGAUGAAAAGAAACAUGAUGAGAAAAGAAAUAAAUCAAAUAGAACAAAAGUGACUCAUGUGAAUGAGCUUCACUCACCAGAUUCACAAAAAACAUCUGAAGACAAUCUUGGGCAAAAUGGAGCUAAAGGAAAGGUUAAAGAUUUUGUUAAGAUUUUUAACCAAGAAGCUGUUUUGAAACCCAAAAUUGAUAAUGAAACUCGAAGUCAGAGCUCUCGAUGGAAAAGCAAAGGAGCUUUCCCAGCAGAUGACAAAGAAUGUGCCUUCCCAACCCAAACUAAAGAAACAAAUUAUGUUCACGUGAACAAGAUGAAAACUCCACCGAAUGUUGCAGUCAUGGUAGACAAAAAUAUCGUGGAGUCAGAGAAACAGCAGUCACCAUUAAAGACCAGAGUCUUUAAUUCCAGUGAAAAUUCUUUUGGUCAGAAAGAUACCUCCACAACAAGUACCGAAUCAUUUCAUGAUGGUCCUAAGGUUACAGAUGUAAACAUAGAUGACCUCUUCCAAGAGAACUUCGUGGUAGAAGAAUUAUAUGAUGACCCAGAGACUGGGGAUAUUCUCGACGAUAUCAAAAUUUCAGAUGCUAAAAUUAGGAAAUGGUUGAAUGGGAAGGAAGGCAACAUUCGCUCUCUGCUGUCGACUUUACAAUAUGUUCUUUGGCCUGGGAGUGGUUGGAAGCCUGUGCCUCUUAUGGACAUAAUUGAAGGAAGUGCGGUGAAGAGAGCAUAUCAAAAGGCUUUACUAUGUCUACACCCAGAUAAGCUACAGCAGAAGGGUGCUGCUUCUCACCAAAAACAUGUUGCAGAAAGAGUUUUUGAUGUUUUGCAGGAAGCGUGGGAGCAUUUCAAUUCACUUGGCGCAACAUGAAUGUUCAAUGCUCUGGUGCAAGAUGGCACAAAAGGGGAAUAGGAGUCGUCUGCGCUGUUAUUGUCAAGUAAAUGUGUAAAUAUCAUUUUGUUGCAGUAUACGUGUUUUACCAUGCGUUUAUAUGUGUAGUGGCAAGUAAAUGUGUAAAUAUCAUUUUGUUGUGGUAUAAGUGUUUUACCCCAUAUGCGUUUAUAUGUAGUGUUUUGUAAACUAGGAAAGUAACUGAGGAAAACUCUUCCACCGAACUUAUGCUUUUUGGUCACAAUGGACAGAACUUGAUACACUAUUAAGAGCAAAAUCAUCGAUAGAUCUUUUUAAUUUUC